AUGGACAUUCCAGACUCAGCCUCAAGGGUCUUCUGUGGCCGCUUCCUCACCGUGGUGAAUACUGAUGGUGUCAGUGCCAUAAUUCUGGCCCAGAAGAACAUGCUGGACCUCUUCGAGAAAACCAACGAGAUGUUUCUGAACUUCAACAAUCCGUCCCAUGUGCGGCUGCAACAGAUGAGUGAGAGCUUCAUGCACCAUAUCCGCACCUUGGUGGACAUGAAACGGAGCCUGGACAGCAUUUUCUGCAGGAUCAGGACACUGAAGGGGAAGCUGGUCCAGCAGCACCCAGAGACCUUCAGCCACACCCCAGAGGGCUCACUCCUAGAGGAGGAAGAUGAAGACCCUGUUCCGCCCAGUAUCGCCACAACCAUUGCCACCUCAGAGCAGAGCACAGGCUCCUGUGACACCAGCCCUGACACUGCCUCUCCAUCCUUUGGUCUUGGCUUUGAAGUCCUAUCACACAUGUGA